UUUCAUUCUUUAUAUAUUUAUAAUUAAGUGACAAUAAAAUGCCCCGCCUUGCCGGAUUGACGCUCUUCCCCUUGCUUCUAACAGGCCGGUUCCUCCUCUCUCAUCCGCCGCCUCUCGCUGCCGCUGCCAAUUUCGAGUCCGAGUACGCUAGACGCAGUACGGCAGCUGUACGAUUGUUCAGCUCUAUGGCGGAGGCGCCGGUGGCGAGAAAGGUGAAGCACGAAAUGGAGAUGUUUGGCGAUGUCCGUGUCGACGAUUACUACUGGCUCCGAGACGACUCUCGUUCGAAUCCUGAGGUUCUCUCCUACCUCAAGGCGGAGAACGAUUACACCAAUCAAGUAACGUCGAGUGUAAAACAGUUUGAGGAUGAGUUAUAUGCUGAGAUAAGAGCAAGAAUCAAGGAAGAUGAUAUCUCAGCACCUAUUCGGAGAGGGCCAUAUUAUUAUUAUGAGAGAACUUUGCAGGGAAAAGAAUAUGUUCAGCAUUGCAGGCGUCUUAUCACUAAUGGAACUUCUGCUUCUGUGCAUGAUGUUAUGCCCAUGGGACCUGAAGCACCUAAGGAGCAUGUUAUCCUAGAUGAGAACAUCAAGGCUCAAGGCCAUGAUUAUUAUAGCAUCGAGGCUUUUAAAGCUAGCCCGAAUAAUAAACUUGUAGCUUACGCUGAAGACACUAAAGGUGAUGAGAUCUAUACUAUUUUCGUGAUUGAUGCUGAUAAAGGUACUGUUGUUGGCGAUCCGUUGAAAGGAGCAACUUCAUAUGUAGAAUGGGCAGGGAAUGAGACACUAGUUUACAUUACAAUGGAUGAAAUCCUUCGUCCUGACAAGGUAUGGUCUCAUAAAUUAUUGUCAGAACAGUCAAGUGAUCAGUGCCUCUACCAUGAGAAAGAUGAUAUGUUUUCUGUCGAUCUCCAAGCUUCUGAAAGCAAACAAUACCUGUUUGUUGGAUCUGAAAGUAAAAAUACACGGUUUAUCUAUUAUCUAGACAUUUACAACCUAGAAGGUGGGCUUACGACUUUGACUCCUCGUGUUUAUGGUAUUGAUACCUCAGCAAGUCACCGUGGAAAUCAUUUUUUUAUCAAGAGAAGAAGUGAAGAGUUCUAUAAUUCUGAAUUAGUUUAUUGUCCAGUGGACAAACCAUCUGAAACAAAAGUUUUGAUUCCACAUCGAGAAAGGGUGAAAAUUGAAGAUUUUAAACUUUUUAUCGGUCAUGUUGCUGUUUAUGAGAGGGAGAAUGGCUUACCAAAAGUGACUGUAUAUAACCUUCCAUCAAUAGGAGAAGCAAUUGGAGUGCUCCAAGAGGGUCGCGCAGUUGAUUUUGUUGAUUCUAUAUACUCUGUGGAACCUACAGAAUCACAGUUUUCUUCCAACAUUUUACGCUUUUCCUAUAGUUCAAUGAAAACGCCUACAUCUGUUUAUGAUUAUGAUAUGAAUUUAGGCAUCUCUGUUCUGAAGAAGAUGCAGCCGGUAUUAGGCGGUUUUGAGUCAUCGGAUUAUUCGACCAAGAGAGAAUGGGCUGUCGCUUCAGAUGGUACCAAGGUCCCUAUUUCAAUUCUAUAUAAAAAGAACCUUGUGAAGCUUGAUGGAUCUGAUCCUUUAUUACUCUAUGGCUAUGGCUCAUAUGAGGCAUGCAUAGAUCCCAGUUUCAAGGCGUCAAGAUUGUCUUUGGUGGAUAGGGGCUUUGUAUACGCAAUUGCUCACAUUCGUGGAGGUGGUGAAAUGGGAAGAAAGUGGUAUGAAGAUGGGAAGUUGCUGAAGAAAAGAAAUACUUUUACUGAUUUCAUUGCCUGUGCAGAGUAUUUGAUAGAGAAUAAAUAUUGCUCAAAAGAAAUGCUAUGCAUCCAUGGGAGAAGUGCUGGAGGCUUAUUGAUUGGUGCUGUCCUAAAUAUGCGCCCUGAUUUGUUCAAGGCAGCUGUUGCAGGGGUUCCAUUUGUUGAUGUGCUGACAACAAUGCUUGAUCCAACAAUUCCAUUGACUACAUCAGAGUGGGAGGAAUGGGGCGAUCCUCGGAAGGAAGAAUACUAUUAUUACAUGAAAUCCUAUUCUCCAGUUGAUAAUGUAAGGGCGCAAAAUUACCCCAAUAUUCUUGUUACUGCUGGUUUGAAUGAUCCCCGAGUUUUGUACUCCGAACCGGCUAAAUUUGUAGCUAAAUUGAGAGCAACAAAGACUGAUGAUAAUGUACUAUUACUUAAAUGUGAACUUGGUGCUGGACACUUCUCAAAAUCAGGAAGAUUUGAGAAGCUGCAGGAAGAUGCAUUUACUUAUGCUUUCAUACUGAAGGCAUUGGAUUUGGCUCCACCUGUUUUGUCCUAGUGCUGCUAUCCUUGGGCAUAAUUUGCUACAGUUUCUGCUUUUAAAAAUUUUAUUAUUGUAUGGCUCGUCCAUGUUCUAUUAUUUGAGCUUCUGUGUGCAAUUUGUUUACCAUUUGUGAUCCAACUAGUUGAGUUGGUUACCGUUGUAACACUUUUGCUGUGUAUUUGGAUGGUAGGGUUUGUAAAAUUUGAGUUUUUUUAUCAAUAAGGUUAUGCAAGACUGGUGGAUGAAUAAAUAUUGGGGAUCACUUCUAAUUA